GCGGACCUUCGCCUAUCACAGGUUAACACAUACACGUUCACUUUGUUGCUGGUAUUCUUUCACUUUCCCACACCGGACUCACUCAUCCCAGACGAGUAGUUUAGGAAGUGGUACAUUAGCUGCCUGGCCAGUGGCUCAAUGGCUUGUGUUAAUGUCUUGCUUUCCUGUGGAAAUGAUGACAAGGCAUUGAAGCUUGACAGGGAAAGUACCUUUGAUGAAUUUAGAGCACAAGUGAAGUCUUUGUUUCCACAUUUGCCAGAGCACUUUACAAUCAGUGAUGGAGACUUCAAUGAGCUAGACUCUGGAAAUUUUCAUAAUGUUAAAAACAGUAGGCUGGAAACAUGGUGUCUGGUGCGUAGCUCCAAAGAUGAAGCAUUCAUACUGGACAAACCACACUCUGAACUGAUGCGAUAUGAUGUGCAUCCCAAUGCUCUCACUCAGAGUGGGAAUUACCAUUUCAGUGCCAGCUACCAAGCCUUUUGUGAAUUUAUUGACAACAGCAUCCAGGCAACAAGUACUAACAACUGCAAGGACAUGGAAAGAACAGUAGAUAUUCACAUCUUCCUUAAAGAUAAACUAGUCGCCAUAUUUGACAAUGGAGAGGGUAUGACAUAUGAGGGUCUGAAAGCAUUUGCGACCUAUUUCCUGUCACAAGCUGAUCGUGGCCUUGAAAAUGAGGAAGUGGACCUUAUUCCUGCCUAUUUGGAUGGCUGUAUUUCCAAGUUUGGUGUCGGUGCAACACAAGCAGGUUUCUACCUUGGCGAUCGCAUCAAAGUUAUCACCAAGAGGGAGGAAUGUCCAUAUGUUACGGAAAUCUCUAUAUCUAAGGAAAAGCUCCAACAGCGAGCGAAAGAAGGCAAGCCUGUGUUUGAGGACUACCGAUGGAUCAGAAAUCCGAGCGACACCUCCACUUUGGAGCCUGGGGAGGAGGAAAGAUGUCUUAAGAAUAUUAUUGAGAGAGAGGCUGCAUAUUCCCAGUUUACAAUGAUCAUCAUCACUGGCAUUCGGGACAUUCAUAUCAAUUCUAUCAGGGAAGAUGAUGGGAGUAGUUUGGCUAGGAAUCUUGCGCAUGUCUAUCACUUCUAUUUGUUUGGCGAAAGAGGCCGAUCGGGAAACAUGAGACUUCCGUCCUUGGCUAACUCGAGGAUCCCUGUGGAGUUUGGAAUGAGUUCUUUUCUAAAGGUAGACAUUAGUCUGGUGAUUGAUGACGGUAAAAACGCCAACCAAAAGAUAUUUUUUAAUCUUCGAGAAAUUGAGGAUGAUCUAGAAAGUUUGUACCAGACAAGAGCAAAGGAAUGGUUUCCGUUUUCGCUGACCAUGAAGGUUCCCGGUCUGGAUCCGCAUCAAACUGUUCAGGGAGUGCUGAUGUACUUUCCCCAUGAAGGCGGACACGAGACUCUCCCCCGGCCAGAUGAUAUUGAAGAUGAUGCACAAGAGCCGAUUUUUGAGUGUUUCUGGCAAGGCAGACUGGCUCCUUUAUCUUAUGUUCACAAAAUGGAAUUUUGCACGUCACCAGCGCAGCGAUCCAAAAGGCAGAAAGACGUGGUGCCGGACAGCUGUUAUCGCAGGCUCAAGGGAAUCUUGUUCUUUAACAGGCAUACGCCUGUGUCAAACAACAAGUUAAAAAUCCUGUUGGACGAGAGGAAGGAUUUGUCCAGCGCGCUAGAAGACGCUUCAACGGAGAGAAGACUUCCUCAGGAGUUUAGAUCUUGGCUUGAAAAAUGCCAUCGAGAACUGGACAAAGAGGUCAGCUUUGAUACUCCGCUUCCAGCCUCUCAGCAGCUGAAGAAUGGUGAUGUGGCACAUAGCGUGUUGCGCGUAACCACUAGCUCGGGAGUUCAAGUCUACAAAGUGAAUGACAUUGUCAAACUGGACACUAAACCCAUCAUUUAUGGCAAAGUGUUGCACUUCGUUAAAGUCGCGAAGACAAAUGAAGUUGACAAAGUUGUCGUGGAGAGACAACCGGAGGAGGUUUAUCAGCAUCAACUGGAAGAGAAACCAAUUUCUAGAAUUAUAGAAAUUCCCGAUCAAAAUACGCUGAGGAAGGUUUUUAGCCAAGAAAAGCAAGCACUUCCUAAGACAGUAAAAGUAUACGAAGACAACCUGAUCAACGAAAUUUCACCAAGAACAACAUUAGAGUGGUUAGCUGGUGAAACUGAAGAGGGUUUCAAUGGUUUCUGGGUAAAAAUCUUUAAUGGCGAACGACCUCAGAAACCUCUCGUCAGCUUACACAACAAGAAACUGUGCAUUCGUCAGGUAAUCGAGGGACCUGAGAACAUGGCACCUGUUCAGAACGAUCAACCGCACGACGGAGAAAAGUUUGGCUUCAAACCGUUUUGGUUGUCUGUGGCUGGAAGGUACUCUCUCAAGUACAUUGCCAUGCUAGGAGACAGAGAAAUGACUUCCAUGCAGUUUGAGAUCAACGUGAAAGCUAAUAUCGCAUCCUACUUCAAGGUGACGGAACCGUCAAGCAAUGAAACUCCACAGCUCACCCUUGGAGAGCCAGAGCUUAAGUUCAAACUCUCGUUUGUCGACAGCAAGAAUAACGCCGCUACUAGGUUCAGUUCAGGAGAGUUUGUCAAAUUAGUGGUGUCGUGCCCAAAUAUGGAAGUGCAAGGUGUCAAAGACAAAUACAAGCCGAACAACGACGGAGUGCUCGAGGUCAGCGGUCUCACGCUCACUCCCAGUGGCUUGGGAAAAGUUCAUUAUGGACGCGAUCAACUUAUCAAAGUAGAUGUCACAGGAAUAGACUUCGUUACGUUUCCAGUUCGAAUAAAGGCGGGUCAACCACAAAGUGUUAAACUUCCUCAGUUCGAAACGACAGAAGUUGCAAACUACGACGAAUUUCCCGAGUUUGUUCUUCAAGUACUGGAUCAGUGGAAUCAACCUUGCUCCGUGAGCGACAAGAGAAUGAAACUCCAUGCAGAUUGCGAGGCAUUCGUUGGGGGCCCACAUCUCGCAAACAUAGAGCACGGUCAGGGUAGAUUCUCUGCUGUUAAAGUCAAACUCCCCCCUGGCAAAGCACCAUGUACUGUUAAAGUUAAAAUAUCACUUGUCACUGUGGAAAGCAACAGGCGUAAACUCACUGUGAGCGAAGUUUUGAAGGAAUUAAAACAGUUUAACAUAAAAGUUCUUCCGAGCACUUUGCCUCAUAGAGUGUUAGUCUGCGAAGGAAACCAAAAUGGAUUAACAGUUACCAAUGGAGUGGAACCUAGGGAGAGGCGAGACUGUUUAGAGUUAACGGUUCCUGCGGGGUCCAUCAUCAAGGGACUGUUCUUGAAAGUGUUCGAUGAAAGUGGGAAACUGCUGGAUUCUGAGGGCUUGAAAUAUUUAGAUCUCAGAGUAACCACAACGUGGAGCGGCGAGGUACCGAACAAGAAUCUUCCGUACUUGCCUGACUGUCCUGCAUCCAAUAGCGCCAACAAUGCCUAUGUGCAUAACGUCGAGUGCGUGUGUAGCGAAGUUAGAUGUCGAACGCAGAUCAGGAUCAAGGCUCUAGCGGGCGAGCCACAGAAAUGGUUGUUCUGUUGUGAAACAAAUUCGUUGGAGAUUGAGUGCGACAGCAAGAAACAGCUGACCCAGAAGUUGAAAAUACAGCUUAAGGAUAAUCUGGGCAACUCUGCUGAAUGUCCCCCGGAUGUGGAACCGUUGGUGUCUGUUGAACAUUCGCCAACCAGAAGUGGAGGCACCGCUAUUUUCAUUGGAAACCUGAUCUUGAAGGGAACGGAAUUUGUGUUCAACAACGACGCGACAAUUUCAGGCCAGCACGGUGUUGUAACGAUGUGUGUGAGUGACAAGAAUGGGAGGUUCACUAGGGAUACUCAGAGAAUCAAUCUCAAACCAGGUGCUGCACAUCACAUUGAGUUGAAAAGCCAAGCGUUUGAUGAUCCCUCGCAGAAACACGAGCACACAGCCAAGCUUUUCUCAAACUGCUUCUUCAACGCUCCUAUCCACGCCUUCGUUUGCGACAGGUCAGGGAACAAGACAACCAUCCGUACGACACUGAACUUGUCCUGGGUUCCAGCCUCUUGUGGAGUUCUUUUGCAGAAGAAAACUCAAAGGGGUGAGGCGGUGUUUGAAGCGAAUACACUGAAAUGUGGCAGCCGAACUGGUGACCAACAGGUUAAACUGAAAGUGUCCAGUCCAGAUCACAAGAACUUAGGGGUUGCAACUGUUACAGCGACUUUGGAAAAAAGUAAUCGAGUGAAAGCUGUUGUGGUCCAGGUAAUCGCUGAUCAAGAACUGCAGGCCACAGGGUGUUAUCCAGUGUUAAAGGUCGAUUGCCAAACAGAUGAUGGAGUUCGAGUAGAUGCGGUCAACCAUCUCAACCUCGAAAUUACUCGUCCAAACGGCAGCAAUGUAUCUUCUGUCUACCGGAAGCCCACACAGGACAGGACAGGCACGAUCACCUUUCAAUCAAUCGCAAACCGUUAUUUGGAGGAGGCGGGGCGGUGGUCAAUCAUCUGUCAGUUUACCGAGCACAGAGAUAGGCUUAAAUCCGUGCUGUCGCCGGCUGACCACGUGAUUAGGAGUAACCCAGUUUAUUUUGUGGUACAGCCAGGCCCUGCUCAGAAUCUUGUGUUGCGGUUUGCAUCCGGUUCACCUGGGGUGAUUACAGCAUCAUGCACUGCAGACGUCAAGGGCCGUACCAUUCUUCCUCGACCUGCAAGAAGCGGAGUAGAGGUUGUAGACAUCGUAGCGGAGGACCUAUACAGCAACAUCGCUGAUAUCUCGACCGAAGUAAGCGUUACAAUUCAACCGUCAGGGCCUGUGCCCAAGGACGUGGUCCUUCCUGCUUUGGAGAACAAGCCGGUCCGAAUCGCUCUCAGCCACGGUAUGGCUAGGUUACCGAGGCUUACUCUCUGCAGUCGUGUUGGUAAUCAUAUUGGGGAUUAUCUGUUGGUGUUCUCCGCCCCUGGUGUUCAAUCACAGUCUGUAAAGUUUGCGUUUAGUACAGAUGAACACAUUCAGCGCAUACAGAACGAGUUGCAGCCACUGAAACGGCAGAUCACAGAUAACGAGCAUAAGGUUACAGAAGCUAAACGAAGGUUGACUCGGUGCCACUCGGAAGUGGCGACGGCACUCACCCCUGUUCAAAGUGCGUUCCGAGGAGAACCGAGGAGAAGAGACGUGGAAACUCUGCUUCAGACCAGCAGACAUGAACUAAAUCAGUUUGAAGCGAAUCAGGCUAAUACAAGACAAGCCAUCAUGCAGCAUGGGCAUCCUCCGGCGAGGAUUCGUCAAUACAUUAAAGGUGUUGUCGCUGAGCUUGCGUUUGUCUCUGACCCGUUACUUGCUCGCAUCCUCUCGUGGUACCUUCAGUCUAAAAUGUCAGUCACACUCACUUGCACCACAGAACAGCAACGGAAAGUCUACGACGCAGGGUGUCCGGCUUAUUGCGAAGCCACAUUAUUGCCUUUCACAAAGAGAGACUUUGACGGAAGUGAUGGCAAACGUCUUCCUCUUGAGCUUCCAUCCCCGCCUUCUAACUAUCGUAGCCCCAUUGAAUUCGCAGUAAAUCUCCUUGAGUUUACCAGCGACAAUGGUUACCUUCGCUCGACCCUGUUCUGGAACCUUCUGUCGAAGACAAUAGUUGUCAAAGACCUUAAAUCUGGCCAGGCGUACCGAGAACAUGUCACCAGAAUGAGGCAAUCAUGCCCCACGAUUUUGACACGUGAUGGGAACAUGAUCGCCUCCGACGGCUUGAUGGAUCCGAAGAGAUGCUGUCCGCAGAGGUUAGAAGAUUUGAAAUUUGCGUUCGGGGCGUUACCUGCUAGGGAGACGAAGCAUUACAGGGAUCUGAAGGAGAGAUGUGAGGCGCUCGAAAGGCUUAAUGCAACGGUGGUAAAAUACGAACGGGAAAUGACAGAUGUCCGCGCUAAAGAAGAGCAGCUGAAUAAUGCCAAAAAGAGUUUAACACCUCGUAUAAACGAUCUUGAAAGAGAACUUAAAAAACUGAGAACUCUUGAAAAAGAAAGGGACAACAGUGAACCGUCUGAAAAACGGAGGAAAAGAUAACCAUAGAGUUAUUAUUUCUCGCUAUUGCUUAAAACAUUUCUUGGUAAGCUCAGUGAUACAGUUGAAGGACAGAUUGUCCAUCGUUUUUACACGUCUCUGUGUAGUCUGUCGGUUGUAUUUGGUGCAGUUUUUAUGUCGGAAUCUGGUGCCCUUACUCUUUUUUCAUGUCUACCUUGGUUUACAGUGCACCGUUUUAGAGAAAUCUUUAUACAGUGGCAAAUCUGUGAAGCGUGUGUUGAUAUGCGGUAGAAUCUUAAGUGUUUUUUGGUAUUUUGGUAUUUCUACGGCUUCGUUCAUUUUAGCAAAGAGUUUCUAAAGUUUAUUUGUCAUUUUAGACAUAUUUUUACUGCUGGAACAAAAUUUGUCAUAAGAUUUUUAAUUGUUUGUGAUCAGUUACGGAGGAUACGUAAAUGUUCAUUGUAUAAAUCAAGAAAAUGCUGAAGUGGGAGAAGAGUACCCAUUGAUUUCUUCGUAAGGCCGACUGCUUAAAUCGUUUUAGUUUUACUUUUUUCACAUGAUUAAGCCUUGGGUUGCAUGCUUUUUGUGCAACCAAGUUGAUACGGUUUAGAUUUGCCUCGUUAUGUUGGUGUGUUAAUCAAGUUAGCUUGCAAAAAAAGUUUUAUCUCGUAAUAACCUGCGCCCAACGUCGACAAGUUUGGCAAAGUCAACCGCACCCAGUUCCAAAAGUUUAGCCUACGGUCUUUGACGUAGGAUUUAUCCAUUGAUCGUUUCUCUAAGAAUUUAUUUUAAUGUAAUGAUUCGAGUAAGUUAAUUUAUUUUUAUUCCAUUGAAGUAUUAUUUAAAAGUACGAAAUUAUUGUUAGGUUUUAUUUAUUAAAGAGUUCAAAUUUCCAGAAGGCACUAUUAUUAUUCGAAUUGAAAGUGAAACUGUCCAUUCUUUUUAUUUGCGCUAAAACAGUUUUACAGGUAUUGUCGGUGCAAUCUGUUUUUCCAAUCCUUUUUGCAGAUUUGUAAAGACUUUGUUUGUUUUGUUUUGGUAUACUUUGUGCUUAGUAAUUAAUUGUUAUUCCUAAAAUAAUAAACGAAAAUACUAAGAAUAAAAAGCCAAAACAGUUUGCAGGUCUGCGAAACGAGCAACGACUUUGUUACCAACGCGAUUUGAUCGCGUUUUGCGGCCGGUUGGAGCGGCCUUGUUUGGUUUCAGCCAUUUGACUAUAAUUAGAAAUAGAUGUAUUUUACCCUUUUGACAGGUUGACUGAACACAGAAUUUUUCCCAUAUUCAGAAGAUUACAUUGACAUCUCCAUUUUUCUUAAAGAGUUUUACAAGAAAUUUUCAAAGUAUUGAACAAAGUUCUUAAGUGUUCCAGCUUUAGGAAACUGCUAUUUAUUUAUUGUUAGCUUAAAAAAAAGAAAUUGUCAUACGUGCGCGUGUUCAGUAUUUUAAACGAGUUGUAAUUUGUUGGCAUUCGCCACCUUGGAUUAAA